AUUACCCAAGCUGAACGUUGAUACUUUGUUAAAUUUUUUGGUUAUUGACUUUGCAUCGGAGCUCUGAACAGCUGCGGGGACGCGGCGCAGAGCAACACAGACCCCUAUACCUGAUCUCAGGCUGUUAAAAAAAGGAGGCUUACAGCUCCAAGCAUUUUAAAAACCCUCACCACCGAUUCAGAAGAUACAGCUUUUAUUUUCUUCCGCAUUUGUUUUUUUUUCUCUUUUUACAUCUGAAAUACGGAUUGUGAAAUUACGUAAUCAAGGGCUCGCUAUUCUGUAGGAAUCCGUGUUACUGUUGUCGCAUCUAUUGUUUUACAUCGGACGUACGAUUCACAAGCAAGCGACUGACCUACAGAUGAAAGGAAGACUCUAAAAGGUCAGCGAAUGGACCAGCACCCCAGGACCAGGAGCUGCAGCAGCCGAGGAGCCACCGCCUGUGAGGCCAUCCCAAACGAGCCGCCCAUGAAUUUGUACAUCCACACCACUACCGGGACCCGCUUCGAACUGACCGUCCCUUUAGAGGAGACGGUACAAGGGCUCAACAAGAGAUUAUCGCAGAGACUCAAAGUCCCGAAAGAAAGACUCGCGCUCCUGCACAAAGAAACGCGGCUGAGUUCAGGAAAGCUUCAAGACUUUGGCAUAACGGAUGGUAGCAAGUUAACACUUGUCCCAACAGUUGAAGCCGGUCUCAUGUCCCAAGCGUCAAGACCCGAACAGUCCGUAAUGCAAGCGCUGGAAAGUUUAACAGAAACUCAGGUACGUGUCAGUGACUUCCUGUCGGGACGGUCGCCCCUGACCCUGGCUCUGCGCGUGGGCGAUCACAUGAUGUUCGUGCAGCUGCAGCUGGCUGCGCAGCAGUCCGGGGCACAGCAGCAAGCGCAGCAUCGCCACGUCAUCACAAGGGGGGAGGGUGGAGCGUCCACAGCAGGGCCCAGCAGCGGGCAGCACCCCAGGACCGGGCAUCACCCCCCCCACUCGCACCCUCACCCACACCCUGCCCCCUCUGCUGCCACUGCAACCCCAGCCAGCGCCAGACAGACGGUGCCCCCCAGCUCUUCUCCCGCUGCAGCCCCCCUCUACUGCCCCCCAGCCCGGCCCUCCCCGCUUUCUGCGGGCAUGUUCCAGUCGCAGAACCCGGGCGAGACCCCCGCCAGCGCCACGGCAGCCAGCCCCUGCCCAGAGACGACUGCGCGAAGCAGCAAACCAAAAACCAAGACUGACUCCUCCAAAAGCACCAGUAGCACUACCAGCCCGGGACGGUCCCGCAAACCUGGCGCCAUCAUCGAGAGUUUCGUCAACCACGCUCCAGGGGUCUUCUCAGGAACUUUCUCAGGCACUUUGCACCCGAACUGUCAGGACAGCACCGGUCGGCCGCGACGGGACAUUGGCACCAUCCUGCAGAUCCUCAACGACCUCCUGAGCGCCACUCGGCACUACCAGGGCGUGCCCCCCUCUCUCACCCAGCUCCGCUGCCAGACCCAGUGCAGCCCUGCCUCGCCCGUGCCCUCCCCCCCUCCCUCUCCCCCUGCCACCGGGGGAGCCAGCCUCUCCGCAAGCCUCUCUGCCAAAGCUACCUCAGUGCCCAGCGCCAGCAAGCCCAGCCUGCACCCCCUGCAGUGCCAGAGCCAGAUCCGCAUGUGCAAGCCCAGCGGCGACCGCUUGCGUCAGACAGAGAACCGCGCCACACGCUGCAAGGUGGAGCGUCUGCAGCUGCUGAUGCAGCAGAAGCGCCUGCGCAGGAAGGCUCGCCGUGACUCCCGCGGCCCCUACCACUGGCUGCCUAACCGCAAGUCCAGCCGCAGCAACAGCAACAGCAGCGUGUCCAGCGAGGGCAGCAUGGACAUGGACUUCGAGGACUCACUGUGGAAGCCGGACGUCAAGGCGGACAUGAAAUCCGAAUUCGUGGUGGUGUGAGGCUGCGGAGCGGGGGGACAAACCUCAAGAAAGAAGAAAGCGAGAGAGAUGGAGAGACAAAGGAAGGCACGUCAUCUCUAAUGUCAUGGUUUAAGGAAGGCGAUUUUGGUCUUUUCUCGGAAUUCAGCGACCUGGCCCCCGCACCCCCAACCCACCCCCCUCCCCCAUAGUUUCCAUAAGAACCCUCUGUUUGAUUUUUCCUCUCCCACACCCCUUUUCAUAAGGUUUAAAGACAGUGGGGAACUUGAGAGGGACUGGGCGGACCUGCUUAGUUGUCGUGAUAUUUGGGAUUCUCGAAUAAUGUAUAAUUAGAGACGGCAGAAAAGAAAGAAAGGAAAAAAAAAAGAAAUACCAGUUCUUGUUGUUCUUGAUGUUGAUGUUCUUGAUGUUGAUGUUGAUGUUGUUGUUGUUGUUGUUCUUCUUGUUGUUUGGGUUGGAUGGGACUACAAAGGACUACAAAAAGACUGAAAGACUACAAAAAUGGCUGCCUUACAGAAAUACAAUACAAUACAAUACAAUGGACGUGGAUGAUCACUUGGAGGGUGGCUUGUGCGCAGUAGAACAGUGGAUUGAUAACCGGCACCUGUUGCACGUCUCUCUUUUAAUGCCUGUGCUAGGACGAACUGUACCAAGAGGUGCACUGUUAGCGCAUAGUCUCCAACUGUGAUCAGCUGAACUUACUCAACUUUGAACUGGGCAUUCAUGGGAUCUUCACAAUUCAAAAAACGGACACAAAUACUUUUUUUUUUUUUUUUAAAACAAAUAUGUAGCAUUGUUCACAAAGCAUUCAGGUUUUCAAAAUCAAACAUAAACGUGUUUUUUGCACAUUUUUAUGAUUUUUCAAAUGCCGAUGGGUGGCCAAGAGAGGGGUUGACUUUCCCAAUGGCUUCGGUAUGGAGUCUGUCUGAGGACAAAAAACUAAACCAGAGGGACAGGUACUGAGAUUGAUAUCAGCGGGACCCCUGUCUUUAACAAUAACCUUGAAUAUUAAAUAAAAAUAAAUACAUAAAGUGCUUUUAGAAGGGUGUCAAAUCAUGACUUUAAAUAUAUAUAUAUAUAUAUGAAUAUAUAUAUAUUUGUUUGUUUGGUUUUUUUUGUACUUUUUUCCCUACUGUUUUUAAAAAACAGAACUCUGUAUGGCUGAGUUUUAAGCCAUUUAUUAACAAAUUAAUUUUAAAUCUCACUUUUUUUUUCUCAUACCGUAGUUUGUAACUUUACCAAUGAGCCAGUAUGAAACUAGCUAAGCGUUCACUCACCCCUUUGUCACACUCCCUGCAUCUGUCACGUGCGAGCCGAGAACCUUGUCAUUGUGUCAUUAUGGUUGGAAAUCACAUGCUUAAAAAAUAAUGAAACCCCAAUACUGGAACAGAGACCCAAUGGAGACGGACAGGACAGGAGCGGGUGUGAGUUCAAAGGUAAGAAUCCGUGUCUGUCAGGAUCUGUUGCUCCAUGGGUAAGCUGAACAAACAGGUUCCUUUUGGAACCGCCUUGCAAACAAAGCAUUAACACUGAAUUCAAUCAAAAAUCUCAUUGCAAUGGCUAUACUUCAUAAAUUCUGAUUGUAAAUAACUGCCAUGAGUGUUUAAACCGUAAAGCCCAGCAUCUCCGGGCAUCUGUCGUGUAUAUUAGUCACGAUGGCACUGAAUGGGGAAGUGAAAUCCCCAAAGAUAAGAAUGCUCUCCACAGGAGUUUUGCUGUUAUUUUGGUAUGUAACUGACGUGGCCCCAAAAAAGGGCAGUGUUCUUGGGCAACGCCUGGCUGACCACUUCCAGAUGCUUGUUAACGACAACAGACUCAACCCAGUACUUACCACACCUCCUCAUUGCACUGCAGCAUUAGAUGGAUUUCUUUGUGGGUAACCUCUGUACUGAUGCUUGCUACCCAGCGCCUGCAUUGGUAACCAGCGUGGAAAUCGAUUUCCCAGUUUGGAUACAAGAGCCGGGAAGCAUCAGCUAUACUGGUUACCCUUAAAGAAAUCCAGUUAACUAGUUACCAGGGAUUACUGGGACAUAUUAAGACGUCAUUCAAAACCAGUUUGAACAAUAAGAUUAAUACAGUGUGCUGGAAUACAUGAAACUCACUGGAGGUAUUUGACGGGCUUAUUGAAUGGAAAUCUUCGUUAACUUGUAUUGAAAUUGGUUAGUUGAUGAUUUAUUUUGGAUAUCAACUGGAGAUGCUAGCCAGUCUUUCCACAUCUGUAGCUUUAGAUGUGUGCCGUGUUGUGCCUUAACCUUUCACCUCCUAAACUCGACCUGAAAAAACAUGGUCUGAACAAUCCAAUAAUUGGUUUGAAAGUGCUUUUUAGUUUCCCAGAAAUAUCAGAGAGUUCCUGGUAUAAAUGAGGACUUAGAGAGUCAGAACUGUGGGAGGUGAAAUGUUAAGUCUAGUUUGCACGCGAGUAAGGUUUUCUUUGCUGGAAUUGUAUGUGUCUGAAAUCCGCGCUGUCCUGAAUCUUUGUCUUCCUGUGGUGCCAUGUUGUUUCCAUGUUUCUGAAAGCCAAUCAGUCCCCUUGCCUUGCCUCACCAACAAACCAAAAAACAACAACAAAAAAAACAUAUUGACCCGGCAUCUCCAUGGCAACUUAAGUGCCCUGACUCAAAACAAAAAAAAAAGGCGCGUCACUUCCUGGAUACGCUCUGUGGACA